UAAAAAAUAUGGCGACGCUUAUUGACAACUAUGAACAACAAUACGCUGUUUUAACAGCUGACAUAACUGCAAAAAUAUGUCGAAUAUCAGUUACAAGCGGAGGAGAAAAAAAACAAUUUAUCCAAGAUGUUGAUAGACAACUUGAAGAAGCCCAAGAGUUGUUGGAACAAAUGGAACUUGAAGUACGUGGAAUUGCUGGUAAUCAACGUGAUCGUUUACGUGGUCGUGUUGAAAGUCAUCGUGCUGAAUUAAAAAGAUUGGCAAAUGAAUUUAAAUUAGCUAAAAAACCAAGAGAAGAUAUUAUUGAUAUUGAUAAUGAUGACAAUUGGGAUAAUGGUGUUACAGAGGAUCAAAAAAAAAGACUAUUAGAUACAUCAGAAAAAAUUGAUAGAACUGGUAGAACAUUACAAAAUGGAUAUAGAAUGGUACUUGAAACUGAAGAAAUUGGAUCACAAGUAUUAAAAGAUCUAAGUGAUCAACGAGAAACAAUUCAAAGAUCACGAGCGAGGUUGAGAGAAACAGAUGCAGAGCUAGGUCGUGGAUCAAGAAUAUUAUCAACAAUGAUAUUUCGUGCAAUUCAACAAAGACUUAUAUUAGCUGGUGUUACUAUUGUUCUAAUAAUUGUUGGAUGUCUAGUUGUUUACUUUAGCUUUACAUCAAAAAGUUAAUAAUCUUCAUCAUCAUCAUCUUCAUCAUCUACGUAUGUAUAUUUAGAAAAAUUACUAUU